GGUUCACGCUCAAAGUUAGGUUGCUACUUUUAACUGCCCCCAGCCUCCCAUCUCUUAUCACCCUCUUCCUGCCUUCACCCAUGAAGGACCUCUCCCUCUUCCUUCUCAAGAACUCCGUAGCAUCCAAGAUGAAAAGAGGCAUCAGAAGUUUCUGCAAUGGCGUCGGCUCCACGUCAACUUUAAAUCAGACGAAAGCCGAUUGUGAUGUGUCGUGCAUUGCUGCUCCAUCUAUCGUCAGCUCCUGCAUGGAGGAGAGCAACGAAAUGAGAAGCUCGCUGACUCUGGAGGAGAUGAUCUUGCAGCUGGAGCUGGAGGAAGAGGCGGCGAGGAGGGCCAAGCUUGAUGAGUAUGGCGAGCUGCUCCACCGGAGGAUGUCUUGUGUAAACAACUCCGAUAUCCUGAGGUCGGCGAGGAGUGCACUGAAUCAGUACCCCCGGUUCUCUCUCGACGGGAGGGAUGCCAUGUACCAGUCAUCCUUCCGCAACUUUGGUGCAAUGACCAGUGGAUUUGAAGGUCGUCGGAAAUCUGUUUGUUGUUCCAGUGCAUGCAGGGGGUUACCUUCGAAUGGUUAUGAGGUGGACCUGGAGAGAAGUCUUAGGUUGCCUCCAACUCUGGCAGGAGAGAGUGUAGUCUGGUGCAAGCCGAGUGUUGUGGCCAAGCUGAUGGGCCUGGAUGCAGUGCCGGUGCCGGUGAGCGGCAGGCAUGGAAAGAAGGGAUUGAAUCCUUUGUUCAGUAGGAAGCAGAGCCUGAGGAGGAUGGCAAAGCAUGAACUAGAGAAAGAGAGGCUUUUUAUGGGCACGAAUGGUUGGAAGGGGAGGACGAGGAGGAAGCCAAUUGGCUCGUGUUCGGCUACGGUGAACCCGAUCUCCGUUGAGCCAGCGAGCGGCCGGGAGGAUUGGCGAUUCAUGCGAGCACGUUAGCCGGCUAGCAUUUUGUUAUGAUUAUAUGGAUGCAUGAAGAUCCUUGUUUCUUGAUUUCUCUUUUCUUUUUGAGCCUAUGAAACUCCAAGGAGGUUGACUGUAGCUACUUAAGUGACUGUGUGAUCAUAAAUUUAUAAGCGCAGAUGAUUUUUAUGGUUAAUGCGAGGAAUAAAGAGUUUAUAUAAUUAGGUCUUA